AUGGAACCAUUACGUCUCUAUCAAUUUUCCUUUUCACAUUUCUGCGAUAAAGUUCGUUGGGCAUUGGAUUAUAAAAACAUACCGUACACUGUAGUUCCCUACCAUGUGCGUGAACCAACCGAAGGUUUAGAACAUGCACCGCAAACACUUCAAAAACUCGUACCAAUUAUCGAAGAUCCAAAUAAUCGUUUGCACGAAGAUAACACGUCAUUCUUUAUAUCUGAUUCAACACCAAUCUUACUGUAUUUAGAAGAACGUUAUCCUGAUAAAAAAUCCCUAUUUCCCGUUCCCUCCUCAAAGCAAGCAAUCAUUGAUUAUUGUCUGAUUCUUGAUUCAACCUUAGGGUUGUUUGCACGACGGCUAGCCUAUUUACAAGUAUUUAGCGAAAAACCAGCUAUUCUAUCCAUCAAUAUUAUGCCGCUAGGUGAUCAAACACAAUCAGUUGAUAAUGUUGAAUCAAAAAUCAAAGGUACAAUUGUUUGCUGUUUCCUCAUCUCACGAUAUCGUGUACAUCGUGUGAAAGAAGAUCAAAUCGUUGAAAAUACGCAAAAGUUUCUACGAGAAACAAAUGAAAAAUUGAUGGGAAAACAAUAUUUGUUUGAUAAUCAAUUCACAGCUGCUGAUCUUACACUCUGUGCUCUAAUGAAACCACUACUUUCCAUUCCAUCAUUCUAUCCGGAACAGAAGGAGAAAUAUCGAAGACUAUUUGACUAUCACGAUCGAGUUCGCAAAGAAUAUGAUUUGAAAUGUCAAGACUCAGUCAUUGAACGACUGUUAAAAAGGGAACGGGAGGUUACAGCGCCACAACGCUCAAAAGUCAAAGUAUUUAUUAAAAAUGCCUUCUACUAUCUUUAUUUUAUUCUACUUUAUCCACUGGCCUGGCUCAUUUUCCGCUGUGAAAAUAAUG